AUAAUAUGCAAAUAAAGGACAUGGCUUUAGUUAACUGCGUUUCGCCGGCGCCUCACUCUACCUGCCAUCCCUUAUCUAAAAACAAAGAGCGAAUAAUGGAAAAGCGUAUCCAACCCGAAUGGAAGAUGCCCGAACCGAUUAAUCCGAUUCUUCUACCUCCUUUAAAACUACACAACAGUCUUUCUUCUAAAAAGGCAUUUUUUUAUCGGGAGGAACAAUUUGUCCCUCUAAACGGGAAGCAUGUGGAGUGGUAUAGUUGCGGUCCGACUGUGUACGAUGUUUCUCACAUGGGUCACGCUAGAACCUACAUUUCCUUCGAUAUAAUUCGCAGAGUGCUUGUGGAUUACUUUCGUUUUGACGUUAAUUAUGUGAUGAAUAUAACUGACAUUGAUGAUAAGAUAAUCAAACGAGCGAGACAGGAUUACCUUUUCAAUAAAUUUAAGCAAGAAAAGCAUUCCAUCGCUGAAAUUGUUUCUAUUGUCCGCUUUGGCAUCUCGGUAAGUUCAAAUACAACCCGCUGUCAUCUUACAUUAAAGAUCACUGUUGCCUCAUUUUUUUUUACUACAGCCACUAUAUUUCAUUUACCCUUCAGUGAAUCGUAUAUAUAUGCAUAUCAAAAAAUGUCAAAAACGAAUCCUGAUCCAGAUCUACGAAACUUCUAUUCACAGAAGGUCCAGGGGCUCAAUGAUUUAUUGUUUUUGAAUCACGAUGAUCACAAAGCAUACGAUAUAUUGUUGGAUGGUGCCAAAGAUGCGAUAACUAAUUACUUAGACACAGAAAGUGGUGCUCUAAUAAAUGACCUUCAUAUUUUUGAAAAUUUGUCCAAAAAGUAUGAGGACGAGUUUCACAAAGAUAUGGCGGCUUUGAAUAUACCCAUGCCAGAUACCAUUACUCGCGUCAGUGAAUAUAUUGUUCAGAUUGUGAAUUUCAUCCAGAAAAUUAUAGCAAAGGGAUUUGCGUAUGUGGUAGCAUCAUGCUUCCUACACUUUAUUUUAUGA